UUCAAUAACUCACUCUGUCACUUCCACAAGUCACGUUGGGUGAAUGCUCCUAGGUGAAUCUCCCCAGCUCUUGUGCUAUCUCUAUGACGCUUUGUUGAACGUUCGCAUGACUUGAGUCUGCUUAUCGCAACUACUAUCCAUCAACGGGUCUUUGAAGAUAUUAACAGCCAUGGCUGAGCUUCAGUCCAUCUUCAAAAAGGCCUACUGGACGCUGGCCGCCGGUGGCCUGUUCUAUAUGAUCUUCGUCUGCGCCAUGACGUAUCCCGUAGUCCAGAGAUUUGCACUCUACGUGAAUAAGAUCAAUCCCACUCGUUGGCAGAAUGUCAACUUGGUGGAGUCAUUCGGCUUUCUCAAGACUCAGGUGCAGCCCUUCAAUCUGGUGACUCCUGACAACGAAACGCUGUACGGAUGGCAUCUCCUGCCCCUGCACUUGUGCCAUGAGCAUGAGGAGGAGCUGAACGCGAACGAACCAAACGGACCACCGGACGAUUAUACCCAAACGCCUGCAUUCAAGCUCCUUAAAAGCGACCCCAAUGCUAGGGUGGUAGUUAGCUUCCACGGCAAUGCUGCCCACCUCGCUUCCGCUCAGCGACCAGACAUCUAUCGACAGACUCUUGGUCUAUCAACACCUCAGAAUCCCGUUCAUGUGUUUGCCAUUGACUACCGCGGUUUCGGUCUUUCGACCGGUACACCCACAGAAGAGGGCUUAAUCACCGAUGGAGUUUCCCUACUCAAUUACCUCACCUCCGGCCCAUUGCACAUACCCCCCUCACGUAUUGUAAUCAUGGGCCAGAGUCUAGGAACUGCCGUCAGUGCCGCAGUCGCAGAGCGUUUCGCAUUCGGUUCUCCAGAUCCCACCGCUAUACAACCAGCACUGAAAGACCCGGAGCCCUUCGCGGGCGUCAUCCUCCUAGCAUGCUUCAGCAAUGUUCCAAGUCUCAUCGACACCUACAGCAUGAAGGGAAUCACACCCCCAAUGCUCUCUCCACUGACUGCCUACCCUCGCUUGCAGAACUGGGCCAAAAGCCACAUCGUCGAUCGCUGGGACACCGCUGCACGAGUCGCACGUCUGUCCGGAGUCAACACCACAGUCAAGGACGACCCCAACCCCGCUUAUACGGACAAGGGUCUGGACCUCUUCAUCAUCCACGCGGCAAAUGAUGUGGAGAUCCCCUGGCAGGAAGGCCGUCGUGUUUGGGCCGCCGCCACAGGCGAGAACAUGCAGGACACCCCUGGAAAGAUGAUUCAUUCGAAGAAGGACCACAACGGGCCCAACGAGAUACAGGUCUGGGAGAACCAAUCGAAGAAGGACGCUGCAGUUGUAAAGCGUGUCCGGUGGGAGCGUGUUAGCUAUGGUGGCCACAAUCGCGUGGCGACCUUCUCCGUCGCCGCUCUUUCCGUCUUGAGGGCCUUUGAGAAGUGAAUGACCUCGGCAUUACCCUUACCUGACGUACCUAGUACAAGCUGAAUCCACGUGGACGGCCAGGCUAAACCAUGACUCACACUCCAACCAAUAGAAACCUAGAAAGAGGAGAGAUGUUAAAGGAAUCGCGAAAAUCCACUUGUAGGGCAGACCAAUCAAGAAGGCGCUUGGAGACGCGUCGACGUGGCCUUCUAGACUAAACCCACGUGUGAGAUGUUCUAGAGCUUUCGGCUUUCUUUCCGCAGUGAAUGACGAUAUGUGUAUGUUCCUGAUAUGGUGUGUGGGGGGUGUGGGGGUCUGGUUCACUGAAUGUCUUGUAUAUGGGUGCUAGUGGGUGAAGAUCUAGAGAUAUCAUAGAUCGCAUGAGAAAGCGGAAGAAUUGUUCUUUAUUCUGCAUAGUGGGAUGAAGUGUUUGUAGAGCUUUGUGUUUCCAAGUUGAUGUUUUACAGAUGGGUCAAGGUCCUGGGAUUUAAUAGAUAUUGGUUAUGAUAUGGGUC